AUCCUUUCCAAACGCAUUUUCACGUUUAUCCAUGUCUCUGGAGUCUCGACUCCAGGCUAUUUUUCUCUGCUCGUUUCAUUUGUAAUCUCGACCUCACGCAACAGAACUUCGUUGCCACGCCUCAGAAUGCUUUCUGCAGCACUAUUUGGCAAUUCCGUUUCCAUCAUUUAUACCUUGUCAAUUCGCUCUGUUCGAUUCAAAACACGAGCCUUUGUCAGACCAUUGGACGCAAACUCAAAUGGACUUACGCCGAAAGUAUCCAUUCAGCGCGAUAGUCUCAGGGUACUGGAAUGGGACCAGGUCUGUGAUUCCGUAGCUUCCUUCGCCGGCACAUCUUUGGGUCGAGAAGCAACAAAGGAAAAGUUGUGGUCAUUCGAUCAGAGCUACGAGGAAAGCAGGAUUCUUCUAUCUGAAACCAAUGCUGCUGUGCAAAUGCUGAAGCACGGAGGUUGCGGGAUGGACUUCAGUGGGAUUGAUGUCAUUCGGGUGAAAUCAGCCAUACAACAUGCAUCAAGGGGUUUGCCAGUCAGUGGAAAUGAAGCAAUUGCUGUUGCUGGUCUUCUACAGUUUGUUGAGACUUUACAGUUUAAUUUGAAAUCUGCACUCAAGGAAGACGUGGACUGGUAUAAUCACUUUAUGCCUCUUACGGAAGUGAUACUGGAAUUGGUCAUAAACCGCCAACUGAUUAAGUCAAUACAUCAAGUCAUAGAUGAAGAUGGUUCUAUAAAGGAUUCUGCGAGUUCAAACCUAAAACGUUCCCGUGAUCAACUGCGGAUGCUUGAGAGGAAGUUGCAUCAGUUGAUGGACAGCUUAAUUAGGAAUGCAAUGAAUGAUACAUAUUCUCUGGAAAUAAGUAAUAUUAAUGGAAGAUUGUGUCUGAAAUCUGGAACUGAUCAGCUUACAGCCAUUAAGGGGCUAUUACUCUCCAGUGGUUCAGGUGUGGGAAAUUUAAUAGAGCCACUUGCUGCCGUUCCUUUAAAUGAUGAGUUGCAAGAAGCAAGGGCAUUGGUAAUGAAAGCUGAAGAGGAUGUGCUUUCUGCGUUAACAGAGAAGAUCAGAGCAGACCUUGAUGACAUUCAUAAUACAUUGAAUGGUAUAGUUAAAUUGGAUGUGGUCAAUGCUCGAGCAAAAUAUAGUCUUUCAUUUGGAGGCACAUGCCCUGAUUUACUUUUCACAGAGGAUCAGGGUGGAUCUUUCACUUCUGAGGAAUGUUACCCACAGAAUAAGAGUUUUGAGGCUACAUCAUCAUACUCCACUAAGCAGGAAUGGACAUUAUAUUUGCCUAAAGCUUAUCAUCCUUUAUUACUUAAGCAGUAUAAACAAAAUUUGCAGAAGGCCAGAAAGGAUGUCAAUGAAGCUAUUGCUGAACUCAGGAGGAGAAAGUUUCAAGGAGAGAAUAUGGCAUCUAGAAAACCUGAUGUACAUCUUGUGUCCUUACAAAUGAAGGUUGCUAAAUUGGAAGAAGCUCAUCCUGUUGCAGUUGAUUUUUUUGUUACUAAGAAAACAAGAGUUCUGGUUAUUACUGGCCCCAAUACAGGGGGGAAAACGAUUUGCUUAAAGACAGUUGGCUUGGCUGCUAUGAUGGCAAAAUCAGGACUUUAUGUCUUAGCUUCUGAACCUGUGCAAAUGCCAUGGUUUGACUUUAUUUUUGCUGAUAUUGGUGAUGAACAGUCCUUGUCCCAAUCUUUGUCUACAUUCUCUGGCCACUUGAAACAGAUCAGUGCAAUUCUGUCACAAUCAACAAGCAAGUCAUUGGUGCUAUUAGAUGAAGUUGGUGCUGGCACAAAUCCACUAGAAGGAGCAGCACUGGGAAUGUCACUUCUGGAAUCUUUUGCUGAAACUCGUGCCUUAUUGGCAAUAGCCACAACGCAUCAUGGCGAGCUCAAAACUCUAAAAUAUAGUAAUGGUGCCUUUGAGAAUGCAUCUGUUGAAUUUGAUGAAGUGAACUUAAAGCCAACUUAUAAGAUACUCUGGGGAGUUCCAGGACGUUCAAAUGCAAUCAAUAUUGCCAAAAGAUUAGGACUACCUAGCAUAAUUAUAGAAAAUGCUCGUGAACUAUAUGGAACAGCUAGUGAAGAGAUUAAUGGGGUAAUAAUUGAUAUGGAAAGGUUUAAGCAAGAUUUUGAAGAGCACAUUCGUCAAGCGCAACACUAUCUAAACCUUUCAAGAAAGCUCAACAAAGAUCUAUUGGCAGCUAAAAAGAAGAUCACAGAACAUGGAAUUACUCAAAGCUACCAAAAGAUGCAUGCUAUCUCUGAUGUUGCAGCAAGAGCACGCUCUCUCCUUCAUAAGAAAUUACGGCAGCUUCGUGUAUCUACCAUGCAACCUUCACAGCAUACUGCAACAGCUAAUGGCCAGCAUACUAUAGAAAUUAAUGAUCAGCACCAGGCAGCAGAUAAAAGUCAGCAUUCUACAACAGAUGGCAGGGAAAGACCUGAUUUAUGCCUCAAGCAAUCCCAAUUAGAUAAGAGUAAGGAACUCCCCAAGGUAGGUGAUUUGGUACGUGUUUCUUCACUUGGUAAAAAUGCAACAGUGAUAAAGGUGGAGGCAUCUAAAGAAGAGAUCAUAGUUCAAGCCAGCAACAUGAAAUUGCGCUUGAAAUUAAGUGACAUUGAAACCUGUAGGUAAGUACGGAUGUAUGGAUAUGUAUGACCUAAUGCCAGCUUGGCUUCAAUGUAUAUACAGUUUCCCAAGGUCAAAGUAAGCAAGUUCAAAUUUCAAUAUUUCCCUAA